CUCUGUUCACAGUUCACUUAGAGGUCUCCAACGAAGAUGUCUGCUGAGUAUGAUCAAGUUUCGCCAGUUGUGCAAACCACCCACGGAAAAGUACGUGGAAUUCUCCUGAAAGCCCUUUAUGGCGAAGAAUUCUAUGGAUUUGAUGGAAUCCCGUAUGCAGAGCCUCCUCUGGGAAACCUACGAUUCAAAGCACCUCGGGAAAUAAAAGCCUGGACCGGAAUUCUUGAUUGUUUCCAGCCCCAAAGUAAAUGCAUCCAAGUUAGUUCUUAUACAAAACAGGUGGAAGGAUCAGAGGAUUGUCUAUACCUGAAUAUUUCGGUAAAAAAGCUAAAGUCCAAGUCACCUCUACCUGUAAUGGUCUACAUACAUGGUGGUCAACACAAGGGUGGCGAUGCUUCAAGACGUGCUUGGGGUCCAGACUAUUUUAUGAAAGAAGAUGUCGUAAUUAUUUCCAUAGGCCAUCGUCUAGGGCCUUUUGGCUUCCUAACUUUUGCAGAUCCUUCUUUAGAGGUUCCUGGAAAUGCCGGAUUGAAGGAUAUCAUUCUGGCCCUCCGUUGGAUCAAGAAAAAUGCCGAAAAUUUUAAUGGCGACCCUAAUAAUAUUACAAUUUUUGGUCACAGUUCUGGAGCAAUGAUUAUAAACAUACUCCUGGCCAGUCCCCAGACCAAAGGGCUCUUCCACAAAGCCAUCCUAAUGGCUGGAUACUCUAUGGAAAUGAAUAGACUACCUUACGUCGAAUUCCGAUUGGCCAAACACUUCGGUUACGAGGGCGAGAAUGUCGAUAGCCAAGUAUACGAGUUUUUAACUAAAAUAGAUGGAUCGCAACUGGCUUCUGCAAAUAUAUUCACGGAGAUGGAAAAGGCUCAGAAUUAUACCAUGGCCUUUGUUCCAUGCGUAGAGCCGUAUUCUACACCGGAGGCAGUAAUACUGGCGGAGCCCAGAGAACUCCUUCGGACCACUUGGAGCAAUCGUAUUCCCAUUAUGUUGGGUACCCCCAGCAGCGAUGGAUUAAUACAUUUAACUGAUUUGUAUAAAAAUCCUGAUCAGUAUCUAAAACUGUUUCAGAAUUAUCCAGAACGCAUUUUGACUUCCACUUUGAAAAACCAUUGCGAUCUGAAACUGCAGCGUGAGCUGGCCAUCUCACUAUUGGAUCAUUUUUGCCAGGCCCAUGGAAAGGACUUGACAAUGGAGAAUUUCUAUGCUUUGUCUAAGCUUUUUACUCACAAUAUCUUACAUACCCAGGAUCGACUAAUCCAAUCCAGAUUGUCCUACGCCCAAGCGGACACAUAUGCCUAUCGUUUUGAUUUUGAUUCGCCUGAUUUAAAUUUAUACAGAAUUCGAUUUUUUGCCAAUGAUCGCCGAGGAGCUUGUCACGUUGAUGAGUUGUGUUAUAUGUUCGUUAUUCCAGCCACCAUUAAGAUGGAUACAUCCCGACCAGAAUAUACAACCAUCUGUAGAAUGGUUAAUAUGUGGGUUCAUUUCGCAGCCACUUCUAAUCCAAAUGGUCCACUUACCAAGGAUCUGGUAGAGUGGAUGCCUGUAAGUCCAGAAGAAACUAGAAUGGUCCUAAACAUCGGUGAAGAACUGGAGUUUAUACCACAGCCAGAGUUUCCAAAAUUUGAGUUUUACAAUCGUUUAUUUCGUCUAGCGGGGGUGCCACUUGUUUAAUGACCCAUCUUUAAAUCAAGCUAAUCUUAUCGGAAUAAAAAUUAUUAUGAC